GGCGUCCUUGCCAUCCUUGUCCGCUGCUUCCAAGCUGCGAGGCGGGGAAGCUUGACCGUGCCACGCUAUUUGCUGACACGCCAACGCGAUCACGGGAUGGUAUACUACAACAGGCAUUCAAGCCGCAUCGCAGGCCUGUCAUAUCAUAUUUACACAACGCAAUCUUGUUACCGAACACUCAUUAGAAUCGAAAUUAUCGUGCAUGCCAUCCCCUGGAAGAACACCGAAGGCCUUCUCGCCUCCAUGAACGCAAGUGCUUCCAUCACAAGCAUCGCCGUAAACCCGGCCUCGUAACGUUAGCCGCCCAUGGCACGAACAUACACAUAUAUACCAUCAGCCAUCGUGCGAGGCACUCCAG